CUCCCGGGCAUGGAGCGGCGGCGGCGCGCGCCCGCCGCCAACCCCCGGUACGGCCGGCGCCGCUUCUGGGACGCGCUGUACCGGCGGGAGGGCGCCGAGACCCGCGAGUGGCUGGGGGGGCUCUCACGGUUCCUCCCGCAGCUGGAGCCCGAGCUGCGCCCCGGUGAUCGUAUCCUCGUGCUCGGCUGUGGCAACAGCGCCCUGAGCCACGACCUGCACGAGCUGGGCUACACCAACGUCACCAGCAUCGACUUCUCGCCCGCCUGCAUCGCCGCCAUGCGCGCCCGCUGCGCCCACUGCUGCCCCGGCCUGCGCUGGGCCGUCAUGGACAUCCGCGCCCUCGCCUUCCCAGAUGCCUCCUUCGACGUGGUGCUGGAGAAGGGCACUCUCGACGUGUUCAUGGUGGAGGAAACCGACCCCUGGGAUGUCUCGCCCCAGGCAGCUGCCUCAAUGCACCGGGUGCUGGCGGAGGUGAGCCGGGUGCUGCGCCCAGGGGGCUGCUUCCUCUCCAUCACCUUCGCCCAGCCCCACUUCCGCAAGCCCCACUAUGCCCAGGAGGCCUUUGGCUGGUCCCUGCGCCACACUGCCUGCGGGGACGGGGACGCCGGCGCCUUCCACUACUUCCUCUACAUCAUGCGCAAGGGGCAGCCUCUGGACCCCCGUGAUGUGGCCUUGGGGCGCCGGCUGCACCAGCCCCCCCCACCCCCUGCCCCACCGCCGCCCCCCGCCCCCCUGGACGACGACGAGGACUACCUCCUUGCCAUCCAGCUGUGACCCAGGGGGGCUUCCCCGACCUCUCCCCACCCAACAAAGCCUUAAUCUGCUCCAUCUUCACGGGCGGGGGAUGGGGAACCAGCGUAUCCCCCCCAAAAGCUGCCCAGGGAGUGAGUAAUGGGGGGAUACUUGGACUCCUCCUGAGGGGCAGCGGGAUGCUCUGGUGAUGCUGUGCUCCCUCCCUGGCCUUUCCUCGCCCGGCUGGAGAGCAGCCAGGACUCCGGGCUUUGCGGCCGGUAAUGAAACCAAAUCGGGUUUAAUUCCACCCAUCCAUCUUGCGGGGAGUGGCUCCCUGCCCCCCCAUCUCUUCCCCUUGGCACAGGCAGCUGGGCUAAGGGCAGAAUGAGGAUGCUGGUGCUGGGUGCAGGGGACAGGACGGGGGGUGCCCACUGCUCCACCCCCCCCACCCCAUUGUGCACCAAGACCCCUGCCCCAGCCUCCUUGGCUAUGGGGGUGUGCAAGGACACCGUGUCCUUGUCACCCCCAGCCAGGUGGUGGGGGGUCCAGGCUGGGAUGUGCCAGCAUGGGGCAGGGAGCACCACGGGGCAGGCAGGGUGGCACAUCUGCCCCUGUACCCCUCCAUCCCCACUCUUUGGCUAUGGAGACAACCCCAGUGCGCUGCACACGCCUGGCCCACAUCUGCCAGUGCCUUGGGGCCAGCAGCGCGGUGACAGGCAUGUGCCAGGGCUGGUGACAGGCGUGCCACCGUGUGCUGGCAGGGCUGGCUGCACAUGGGUGCCAGUCUGGCAGGUGUAGGUGCUACCAGGGUGUCACCAGGGGCUCUCUGGCUACCAACGCUCCCUGAGGGGGGCACAGAGGGGACCCCUCCUCGGCAGGGCAGUGGUGACAGACCACAGAGGCGCAAGCUGCUGGGCUGCUGUUUCUGCAGAAAAGUGUAAGUGCCUCAGCCGGUGGCUCCCCCCGCACCAGGAAACAGCAAAGGGCUCUGGGGUCAACACCCCACCACUCCCACCGUGGCACCCCAUCCCGCAGGCACCCUGAAAACAAGCUGGCAACACGGAGGGACAAAAAGGAGCAGGAAGCUGCCGGCCUCACCUCAGUACAUGAAUGUAUUUUAUUCAUCGCAUUUUGUUCACCAGUACAGUGAAAAAUGGCAUUUAAAUUUACAAUGGAUCAUUCGUAGAACAUCAUGACACAAGUAUCUUUUUUUUUCUUUUUUUUUUUUUGAGUUUUUUUUCUCAGUUUUUUUGUUUGGUAUUUUUUUGUUGUGUGGUUUGGUUUUUUUUUUUUUUGCGUCGUUGUCUCCAUAAAUGCCACUCGUAGGUUAUUGAAAAAGAUGAUGAGUUUCUCAUGCACAUCAGAACCCCCCGAGAAGCUUCUUAAAAAUAAAAUUAAAUUAAAGUACAAAAUUAAAAACAACGACUCAGGACAGUCCCUGCCCUCCCCACUUCCCCCCCAGCCCCACCACCCUCAAGCAAGGGGCAGUGCUGGGACCCCCCGGCACCUGCAGCUGGCCCCGGUGGGCUCUGCCCCGGUGCUGCCUGGAGGGAACUGCAGCGGCUGGUGGUGCUGCCAAACCCUCCGGUGCUCCUGCUGCUGGCAGGGGGUCGGGCUAGGGGUCCCUGCUCUCCUCCCUGCUCCUUUGGCUUUCCUCGUGCUCCCUCCAUCACUCUGGCCCCCCAUCUAUUUCUUGCCCUCGGUUUUUUCUUCUUUUUUUGUCUUUUUUUUUCUUAUGGAAAAAAAUAUGAACCUUU